AUGUGGAAGUUUCAAUUCGCUCUAAUUUCGUUGCCAUUUCUUCUCCGUCCAGAGUAUCGAAGUGCAACUGUCUACAAGGACACUUUCCUGUCUCCCACAAAAUAUACUAGCUACAGGGGCAAUAAAUCGAUAUCCAGCAGUUGUGAAAUAGUAUGCGAGAAGCAUCGCGGAUUGCACUUGAGAGGUAUAAAAGACACACGCGGUGAAGAUACAUGA